CUGGACUCUAAAACAGAUUAUAUAGCAAGUCCAAUUGCUUUAGGUUUAGCUAUACUAGACACGUUAAAAAACUUGUUUGACAGGACAUUCCCGACAUAAACAUGGCUACCUCCCUGUCAACAACAUUCUUUGCCAGUCAGGAAGCUCGAGCGCGUUUUAACUUCGCACUUCCAGGUCAAGGGGCACCAACAUGGAAUCGGGGAGCAGACGGUGACUUCGCCAUGUCCGCCCUCGGCCGGUAUGACCGGCACUGCGACUCCAUCAACUCGGACUUUGGCGAUUCGGUGCGAAGUUGCGGACCGGAGCAGGAGGAGCUGCAUUACAUCCCCAUUCGGGUCCUGGGACAUGGGGCCUAUGGGGAGGCCACUUUGUAUCGGCGCACUGAGGUGGGCUUCAUGCCGGAUGAUUCCCUUGUUGUUUGGAAAGAAGUUGGCCUUGCCCGGCUCUCUGAGAAGGAACGUCGUGAUGCUCUGAAUGAAAUUGUCAUCUUAUCUCUGUUGCAACAUGAUAACAUUAUUGCAUAUUACAACCAUUUUCUGGACAGCAACACCUUGCUUAUCGAGCUGGAGUACUGCAAUGGCGGUAACCUGUUUGACAAGAUUGUUCAUCAAAAGGCCCAGCUUUUCCAAGAAGAGACGGUUCUUUGGUAUCUGUUCCAGAUUGUAUCAGCUGUCAGCUGCAUCCACAAAGCAGGGAUUCUACACAGAGAUAUUAAAACACUGAACAUCUUCCUGACCAAGGCAAAUUUGAUAAAACUAGGAGACUAUGGCUUGGCUAAACAGCUCAGCUCUGAAUAUUCCAUGGCUGAAACGUGUGUUGGCACUUUAUAUUACAUGUCUCCUGAGAUAUGUCAAGGUGUAAAAUACAGUUUCAAAUCAGACAUCUGGGCAGUGGGAUGUGUACUUUAUGAGCUUCUGACUCUGACUCGAACUUUUGAUGCCACGAACCCUUUGAAUCUGUGUGUUAAGAUUGUGCAAGGAAAUUGGGCCGUGGGUCUGGACAACACUGUGUAUACCCAAGAGUUGAUUGAAGUGGUGCAUGCUUGCCUGGAACAGGACCCAGAGAAGCGGCCAACAGCAGAUGAGAUUCUGGAAAGGCCAAUUUUAAGCUGGAGGAGAAGAGACAUGGAGGAGAAAGUAUCUAUGCUGAAUCGAUCAAAUAAGAAACCCAGGACGGGUACAGUUACAGAAGCCCCUAUCGCUGUUGUUACAUCAAGGAGCAGUGAGGUGUAUGUAUGGGGAGGUGGAAAGACCACUCCUCAGAAGUUGGAUGUUUUCAAGGGUGGAUGGCGAGCACGGCAAGUCUGUGCUGGAGAUGCUCAUUUUGCUGUAGUGACCGUGGAAAAAGAGCUUUACACUUGGGUGAACAUGCAGGGAGGAUCAAAACUUCACGGACAGUUGGGACAUGGAGACCGUGCCUCCUACCGUCAACCAAAACAUGUGGAAAAACUUCAAGGAAAGUCAGUGCAGAAAGUCAGUUGUGGAAGUGAUUUCACUGUGUGCAUUACAGAUGAGGGACAGCUGUAUUCAUUUGGCUCAGAUUAUUAUGGCUGUCUUGGUGUUAAUCAGUCUGCGGGUUCUGAAGUCCUUGAGCCACUUUUGGUGGAUUUUUUUUUAAAUGAGCCAGUAGACCAGGUUUCCUGUGGGGAUAGCCACAUUAUGGCACUGACACGAAGCAAGUCUGUGUAUUCCUGGGGUUGUGGAGAGUAUGGACGCUUAGGCUUGGACUCAGAAGAUGAUGUCUAUUCUCCUCAGAAGGUAGAGGUGCAGCGAGGCCUCUGUAUAGUAAAUGUUUGUUGUGGUUCAGAUGGAAGUUUCCUUUUGACUCUCACAGGUAAAGUCCUUGCCUGUGGCCUUAAUGAGCACAAUAAACUGGGCCUGAACCAGUAUACAGCAGGGAUAAUUAACCAUGAGGCCUUCCAAGAGGUCCCAUACACAACCUCCUUGACACUUGCCAAACAGUUGUCAUUCUAUAAGAUUCGCAGUAUUUCCCCUGGAAGGACUCACACAGCAGCCAUUGAUGAGCGUGGUCGACUUUUGACUUUUGGUUCUAAUAAGUGUGGACAACUGGGAGUAGGAGAUUACCGGAAGCAUCUUGGAAUCAAUCUUCUUGGGGGACCUUUAGGUGGCAAACAAGUCAUUAGAGUGUCUUGCGGGGAUGAGUUUACAACUGCAGCUACAGCUGAUAACCACAUCUUUGCUUGGGGUAAUGGAGGAAAUGGACGCCUAGCAAUGACCCCAAAUGAGCGCCCUCAAGGCUCUGAUAUCUGCACCUCAUGGCCCCGUCCAAUAUUUGGGUCCCUGCAUCAUGUCACUGACCUUUCCUGUCGUGGCUGGCACACAAUCCUAAUUGUAGAGAAAGUUCUGAACUCCAAAACCAUUCGUUCAAAUAGCAGUGGAUUGUCCAUUGGGACCCUUGCACAGAGUUGUUCUUCGGGGGGUUCUGGAAGUAGAGAGGAAGAUAGUGACCGUGAAUCUCUGACCUCUGAUCCCAGUAGAGGAUUUCGUGGCACCAUAGAAGCUGAGCCUGAAACAGGUCCAUUUAAUACAACUGAAAACAUGGAAAGCAGCUCAUGCCCCAGCUGGCUCCGCCAGGAGCUAGAGGAAGCAGAGUUCAUUCCAAUGCCAGAUACACCCAACUUUGUUAGCGCAGAGUCCUCGCAGAAUGGGACCACAUCAAUGCAGGAUGUGAGAGAGACUCCUCCUGAUGCUCUAGAGAAGCCUUCAUUUCAAGCUUGCACAUGCAGCACUCUACAGGAGGAGGUGAGAAAGCUGCAAGAUCUCGUGUCCACCUAUAGACAUGAGCAAGAAUUACUGUGUAGAGAGAACUCACGUUUGGCACUGGAAGUCCAGGAACUAAAUGGCAAGCUCCAGUCAGCCAUGCAGAUGAACCAAGUUGUAAAUAAGCAUGGGGAAGCAAUACAUCAGAUCCAGAAACAGUUGUCUUUGCAUUGGAAGAGUUCCCCUCCAUCUUCUGGCAAUCCUGAGAUGUCUAGGGAGGAUUCUGAUGCAGAAUCCUGGUGCUUCUUGGGUACAGAAGCCUGUCGUUCUUCCUCUGGGACACCAAUGUGAUAUCUGUGGAAGCCUCAUUUUGACAGUCUGCACACAUACAUACACACACACUUGUUUAAGUCUUGAGCAGCAUGUGGAUUCUUUCAGGUGGAUGAAGAGCUCUUUCUGUGCCUUAAAGUAAACCAUCCCCCACUAGCACACUCCAAGCUGGAGGAUACUACAUUUUUUUUCUACUUCAGCAUUUGUCUCGCAACUGUAAGUGAAUGGAAGUUUGCAGCAGUUAUUUGCAAGCAAAGGUUAAAAAAAAAAAAAAAAAAAAGAGAAAAAAGCUGUUUAUGGUGAGAGUGAACGGUAACAUAAAGUUCAAAAUGAAGCCACUGUUAAAGGCCAGGACCGUGCCAAGCCCCACAUUGGGCAAAACAUUCUGCUCAGCUUGUGGACUCUGCAUAAUUUUGUUUUCCACCACAAAUGUUUCAGCUUUCUGUAUUGUAUGUGUUCCUACAAUGACUGGAAUACAUAGUUAAAUUGGGUUGAAAAAAGACAAAGUCCAUCAAGUUCAACACCUCCAAAUGAAAACCCAGCAUCCAUACACACACCCCUCCCUACACACAUCACUGUCCUGGGAUAACUUUGCAUGGCCCCAUAUUAAGGUCAAUGUUUUCUUAUUUUGUUCUCAAGUCACUUGCAGUGUAUAAUCAGUAUUGGACUCAACCUGUAACAGGGGUGGAGAGGGGGGCCACUUUGGUCUGUAAACCUUAGCACUGUAUUGUUUUUGGUCUACUGGAGCAGUCCAUUCUAUUGUGGUCUGCCUCAGACAAUCACGUUUUAUACAGGUUAUGUAAAAUAAAACUGAGCUUCCUGUGAACAGACUAAUCCCAGCAAAACAGCCAUCAGAAUACAUUAUUCUAGGUCAGUAAAAUAAGUGGUUAUUGAGAAAUGAAUGAGCUGAAGGCAUUUACAUAGAGGAGCUGUGUAAGGUAAUGUUAAAUGAUGGUAGAAAAUCCUAGAGGCGGUUUGUUUGCUGCAAGGAGAGCUGUUACAGAGAGAAGUUAUAUGGGACAAUAGCAAAGGGUGUUUAUGGGAUGUAUUGAGUGAUAGGGAGGCUUAGUGAAGGUUGCGCUAGGACAGCAGGGAGAGGUAACAAAGUAAGAAUGUGUUGCUGCUGUUCUUUAGUUAAAGUUUUAAAGUCAACAGGAAGAAAUAUCAAUCAUUUGCCCAGUGUUUAAGGGACAGCACCACUUAUAUAGCUACUCUAAAAAGCAUGUUUGUACACUGUUAGAUAUAUGUAAACUUUGAAUGGCAAGUGUGUUUUUGCUUAAGGCAUGGACCACCAAUUAUGACUAAUUCAACUUGGUCAUAUGUGCUCAAUAAACAGACUCCACUUA